GUUGAACGUGUCAAAUUAUUUUUCUUGAUGUGUUCGCUUUCAGUCAUUUCUUCGGCCGUCCGGAUUAGUUUGCAUAUCGCGUGAAACUCGAAAAAGAAGCAGAAAAUAAGUUUAUUUCUCUUGUAAUUGUGACUGCUCUAUUUAAUUGUCCGUAAAUCGGUAGUGCCUGGAGUGCAAGUUUUAUUCUGCAUAAUUGUAGAAUACUGUUCCGUGGCAGAGCUAAGUAACUACAGUGAAAAUGGGUGGACAAAAAUUCCAGUACGAUGAAAGCGGAGCAACGUUUUUCUACUUCAUACUAUCGUUCCUGGCGCUAGUGUUAAUUCCAGCUACAUUCUACUUUUGGCCCCGCAAAAAGAAAGACGAUUCCGAGCGGCACAAAGCAGAGUGUCAAUGUAAACCAUGUCUGCAGAAACGUAUCCUGAUAUCACAUUCCGACCCGUACAAGGGCGUAAAAGCAUUCUUUACCAAGGUCGCUAUAAUUGGUGGCUGGGCGUUGCUGGCAUUUUUGACGUACAAGGUUUCUCAGUUCGAUUAUGAAAUGUCGAACUUCGAUCCAUACGAAAUCUUGGGUGUACCGUUGGGUUCUUCCCAGAAGGAUAUCAAGAAAGCGUACCGCACUCUGUCCGUCAUAUUGCAUCCGGACAAAGAAACCGGAGACGAGAAGGCAUUUAUGAAGCUCACCAAAGCGUAUCAGGCACUGACGGAUGACGAGGCGCGAAAAAAUUGGGAGAAAUACGGGAAUCCAGACGGUCCAGGAGCAACGUCGUUCGGUAUUGCGCUUCCGUCCUGGAUCGUCGAGAAGGAAAACUCUGUUUGGGUACUUGGCCUGUAUGCAUUAGUAUUUAUGGUGGCCCUACCGACUGUGGUGGGCACAUGGUGGUACCGAUCAAUUCGUUACAGUGGCGAUAAAGUACUGCUUGACACAACACAAAUGUACUUUUACUUCUUCCAUAAAACUCCGCACAUGGCACUGAAACGUGUGGUUAUGAUUUUGGCCGCCAGUUUAGAGUUUGAUAAGAGACACAAUGCACAGGUGGUAGAACGACAGUCUGACAACGAGGAAGUUCCAAUGCUUAUCAAACAAUUGCCGAAUCUGAACGAGAAAUGCAAAGAACUACCUCUUUGCCGCAUGUAUUCUAUUAAAGCCCGUGCAAUCCUGCACGCACAUUUAAGUCGCAUGACGCUCAAUCCGCAAACCUUAGAUAAGGAUCGCCAGUUUAUUGUGAAAAAAUGUCCACAUCUUAUCCAGGAAAUGGUCAGCUGUGUAAAUCAGUUGAUCAUGCUAGCUUACGCCCGGCGAAUUUCUAAGUUACCGACCAUCGAAACUAUUGAAAACUGCAUGAAACUAUCGCCAAUGAUCAUCCAAGGCUUAUGGGAGUUUAAAAAUCCUCUUUUACAACUCCCGCACGUUACUGACGAUCAUUUGCGUUACUUCGUGUCAAAGAAGCGCCCGGUUCGAAAUCUGCAACAAUUUGCACAGCUUCCGCCGGACGAAAGUCGCGCGGUUUUGCGGAGUCUCAGCGACUUUGAGUUUGAGAAUGUUAUGAAAGUUUUGGGAAAAAUGCCACUGAUCGAUUUUAGUGUUAAGUGUGAGGUGGUGGAUGAUGAAAAUUCGAAUGUUGUCACUGCGGGAGCAAUUGUCACCGUGACAGUCGAACUGGUUAGGCGUAGCAUGAGUGAGCUAUUCGGAGACACCAACGCAAAGGAGAAGCAAGGCAUUACUGAGGGUACUGAAGAAGGAGCCGAAGGAGCAGAAGAUGGGGAACCAGUCAAGGAUGAAAAGGAAAAUGCCAAAGCUAAAAAACCCGCCUGGCAGCCGAAACCAAGCAAGGGUGGUCACAAAAGUAAAAGUAAAGGCGGCGCCAAUAAAAGCAAACAGCAUCGGCAAGCCGUGGCUGCAGCAGCAGCUGCCGCUGCGGCUCAAAAUCAGUCCAACAAAACUGAUAAGACUAAAACAAACGAUAAAGUCCGUAAAGACGACACAGAUGGUGACAGUGGAGCCGAAAGCGAUAAUGAUGGCAGCUCGGAUGAGGACAAGAAAUCGUCUAUGGAAGACGAUGAUGUAGAAUGGGAAAAGUUCCAGCAAAAAAUCAACAAGCGUGAAAAACUGGAAGGCAAAUCUAAAGUUUCCCACCCUGUUCACUGUCCAUUGUUCCCGGAGGAAAAAUUCGAAUACUGGUGGACAUACAUUUGCGACCGAAAGUCGCGAACUCUGCUAACCGCCCCAUACCAGGUGACCAGUUUGGUGCACAGUGAAGAGGUUCACCUCAAGUUCACCGCACCAAAGUGGCCUGGUAUAUAUAACUUCACCGUGUGUCUACGGUCCGAUUCCUACCUAGGAAUGGAUCAGCAGGUGGAUUUGAAGUUAGAUGUGAAGGAAGCGGCCGCGAUACCCACCGAGCAUCCACAGUGGGACGUCAGCGAGUCCGAAUCAGAUAACAACGAACAGCAGGCUAAUGAGAGUGAAUUCACCACUGACUCAUCCGAUGCGGAAAAUGAAGACUAAAUGAGUUACGUGUUGCCGCACGCAAAAUAUUGACGUGCGAAUAUAUUUUUGUCUGAAAGUGUUCAGUUUUCAGAAUUAAACUCGGCAGCGAGUGGAGUGAAAGAUUUCCGACUGAUAUGCGCAAGCAAGAUAAAUGUUUUCUAUCAUCUUCUUCAAUUACAAAACUAAAACCAUAAAAACGCGCGGUAUAAAUGGGAGACUAUAUUGUAAAACAAAAGAACUUUUUAGGAAAAAAUAGAUAAAAAAUACUAAGUUAAAGUAGUUAUUUAGUGUACAAUUCACAAGUUUACACUUACACACAAUCACAGAAGGAAUCUUUAAACAUAGAAAAGCGACAAAUGCUAUCAAAA